CACUGAUUUUUGAACUCAGCAUUUAUAUGUUCUUGUUUUUGAAUCAGCUCAUUCAGUACAAGAAUAGUGAUUGUAGUUCAGUUUAUAGGUAAUUGUCGCCUGAAUUUCAUACAUGAUGAUGAAAGGUCAUUGUCAUCAAACUUUGGCAUCACUGAACUUAAGAUAUAUAGAUGGAGGUAAAACCAGAUAUAAAAUCUGAAUCUGAGGCCCCAGCUGUGUCGUCUGCUCCAAGGUCUCCACGGAUACACGGCAGGUACAAGGGGCCAACAGGAGAUUUCUGUUGUGUGCCUGGCUGCACAAACUCUCGUGGAAAAUGCAACCGCAUGGGCAAACAAGUUUCAUUUUACACAUUUCCAAGAGAUAGCAAACGUCUUAAGAUGUGGUUGGACAGAAUUCGUUUAGAUGUGCUCUCUGAAGAUGGACAUUUGGUACCUUUUACACCUAAAAAUCAUCACAGAGUGUGUUCGGAGCACUUUGUUGGUGGUAAAAAGGUUGAUCACCCUAAUAGUGAAGCUUAUGUUCCAAGUGAAUUUCCAAGAAAUGCUGUAAGAAAAAGAACAACUAAAAGAUCCCUUGAAGCAGGUUUAGCAGUACAAGUGGUGACAAAGAAACAAAAAAAAGCUACGGCAGAACUAGCCCCUAAAGGACGACCACCCUUCAGCGUCAAGUAUAGGUUUCCACUUCCGUUUCUAGGACCUGUUCCAAUAGUGUACUCAGCUCCAACUGACCAUACUUACAUCAAUCUCCCAUCGGUCAUGAGUCAAGGUGUGGUCAUGGAGACCUGCACAUGCACUGCCCCAGUGAACAUGGCAGUCAUCAAGUACUGGGGAAAACGACACAAAGACUUGGUAUUACCACUGAAUUCUUCAAUCAGUGCCACUUUAGACCAGAAACAGCUUAGAACAAAAACCACUGUGGCUAUAUCACCAUCAUUUGAAGAUGACAGGCUCUGGCUAAAUGGAAUAGAAGAAAGAGUGGACACUGUCCGAAUUCAGAAUCUUCUAGCAGAACUGCGCCAGAGGUCCAUAGAGCAACAGUCCUGCCCACAGGAAUGGUUUUCAUGGAAACUACACGUCUGCUCAGAGAACAACUUCCCGACUGCUGCAGGCCUGGCUUCGUCUGCUGCAGGAUAUGCCUGUCUAGCAUUUUCUUUAGCUGUGCUUUAUAGACUGCGGGGAGAUAUCUCGGACAUUGCAAGACGUGGUUCAGGCAGUGCAUGUCGCAGCAUGUACGGAGGUUUUGUGAUAUGGGACAAGGGUACCAAGGCAGAUGGCACUGACUCCAUAGCCAGGCAAUUAUACCCAGAGACACACUGGCCAGAGCUGCACAUCCUCAUUCUAGUGGUGAGUGAUCAGAAGAAGCACACAUGCAGCACCGCGGGCAUGGAGGUUACCGUGGAGACCAGCUCUCUCAUGAAGCAGCGUAUCAGGCUGGUGCCUGACAGGAUCAAGGAGAUGACCAGUGCCAUUGAGAAGAGGGACUUCCACAAGUUUGCAGAGCUCACCAUGAAAGACAGCAAUCAGCUGCAUGCAGUUUGUCUGGACUCAUAUCCACCCAUUUCCUACAUGACAGAUGUUUCCCGCCAAAUUGUACACAUGGUGCACGAGUACAACAAACUAAAAGGACAAAACAAGGUGGCUUACACAUUUGAUGCUGGUCCCAAUGCUUGUCUCUACCUUAUUGAGGAAGAUGUAGCUGAAGUAGUCUCCCUUGUCACACAUUUCUUCCCUCCUAUUGGGCCUACUGAAGAGUUUUACACUGGAUUGCCUACCGGCUCAGUAGCACUGGAUCAGUUUCAGGUUAUUGCCUCUCAAAUCAAUCUGCCCAAGCAGCCUGGUGCCAUCAAGUAUGUGAUCCACACCAAGCCAGGCCCUGGCCCAUGUGUUCUGACCAAGAAGGUAGACUCCCUUCUGGACAUUAGUGGACACCCCAAAUAUGACACACGUGGAGAGCCAAAAUCUGUGACAACUGACCAAUAAAUGUGUCUCUCUUACUAGUGGACAGAUAAUCUGUGACAACUGACUAAUAAAGUUGGUUCUGUUACUAGUGGACAGCCAAAAUCUAUGCCAACUGAUCAAUAAAGUGUGUUCUCUUACUAGUGGACAGCCAAAAUCUACGCCAACUGAUCAAUAAAGUGUGUUCUCUUACUAGUGGACAGCCAAAAUCUAUGACAACUGAUCAAUAAAGUGUGUUCUCUUACUAGUGGACAGCCAAAAUCUAUGACAACUGAUCAAUAAAGUGUGUUCUCUUACUAGUGGACAGCCAAAAUCUAUGACAACUGAUCAAUAAAGUGUGUUCUCUUACUAGUGGACAGCCAAAAUCUAUGCCAGCUGAUCAAUAAAGUGUGUACUCUUACUAGUGGACAGCCAAAAUCUGCACAUACUGAAAAAUGAAGUUGGCCCUCUCACUAGUGGACAUUCAAAAUAUGUACAUGCUGACCAAUGAAGUUGGCCCUCUCACUAGUGGAAAUUCAAAAUAUGUACAUGCUGACCAAUGAAGUUGGCCCUCUCACUAGUGGACAUUCAAAAUAUGUACAUGCUGACCAAUGAAGUUGGCCCUCCCACUAGUGCACAUUCAAAAUAUGUACAUGCUGACCAAUGAAGUUGGCCCUCUCACUAGUGGACAUUCAAAAUAUGUACAUGCUGGCCAAUGAAGUUGGCCCUCUCACUAGUGGACAUUCAAAAUAUGUACAUGCUGACCAAUGAAGUUGGCCCUCUCACUAGUGCACAUUCAAAAUAUGUACAUGCUGACCAAUGAAGUUGGCCCUCUCACUAGUGGACAUUCAAAAUAUGUACAUGCUGACCAAAGUUGGCCCUCUCACUAGUUCACAUUCAAAAUAUGUACAUGCUGACCAAUGAAGUUGGCCCUCUCACAAAUGAAGUUGGCCCUCUCACAUUCAAAAUAUGUACAUGCUGACCAAUGAAGUUGGCCCUCUCACUAGUGGACAUUCAAAAUCUUUGCAUGCUUACAAUAAACAAAGCUCGCUGCUUUACACCAGUUUACCUUUAUUAAUUGGUCCAAACUUAUAACCAAGAAGGCAUACUUCUUACUGGACGGAGUGCAUGCUUGAGUAGACUUUUAAUAAAAGUGCAUAUGAACCAGUUUGUCUGGAAAACAAGAUAUUUUAAGACUAUUUUUAAGUCAAUGGGAUUUAGUGCUAGCAAGUGUUUUCCAAAAUUUCAGGCCUUGAGACAGUAAGUUGAUGUAUUAAACCUUUCACACUCAUAAGCAAAUUAAAAUGGCUAUUUGCAAACAGCAUAAAACCAGAACAGCCUGCCAGUAACUCGCAGUCUGUUCAGGUUUUACAUUUUUUGCUGCUCAUUAGUAUCUAAAGGUUGGAAAUGAAAUCUUUAAAACUUGAAUCUAUCAAGGAAGGUCUUAAAUUAAAGUACACUUUUAAAGGGACCACAAAUGUUUCAAAAUAUGUAUCUAAGUGGUAAAGGGUUAAAUACAUAUCUAAGUGGUAAAGGGUUAAAUAUGUAUCUAAGUGGUAAAGGGUUAAUAUUCGACGCUUGCAAAGCAGUGUGGUAUCCUCUAUUCAAUCCAAUCAAAUGAUUUAUGACUAGACAUAGAUCUGACCUCUAAGUGUUACACUUGAAAUUUAACUUAGACACGUAUUUUGACGCAUUUGUAGUCCCUUAGUAACAUUUAAUUAAAUACCUCUCUUACUAGAUUCAAGUUUUAAAGGCUUCAUUUUUAACCCUUAGUUACCGAUGAGCAGCAAGCAGCAUAAAACCUGAACAGACUGCGAGUUACUCGCAGGCUGUUCUGGUUUUAUGCUGAUUGCAAAAGCCAUUUUCACUUUGCUUCUUAUGGGGGAAAGGGUUAAAGCACAGAAAAUUGAUAUGAGCUUUAUGUUUGCCUGUUAAACAGACAUUUUAAUAUGAGGAAUAAGAUGAAUACAUGUUUUAUUUUAAGAAUGACAGUUUGCAGGUUCCCAUCAUCUUUGUUGAGGUCAAAUACCAGUUUAUUACGAAUUAAU